UGGCGAGGAGGACCUGGUUGGUGUACUUGUCAUGUCUUUGUCAAAUCAAAUAGAUGUGAGGACACUCUUUGUGUUAGUAAAGGACCACAUCGGACUCAGGAGACCAGUAUGAGGACUUACAUGUGUCAUAGUGAGGGUUUUUUAAUGUCACAUCUCAUUAUCCUAAAAUUAACUCAUUCAUCCAAAAGAAAGUGCCAAUUCCCUGAAAAAAAGGACAGAACUAAAUGGUUUUGGCUAUAGCUUCAGAAAAUAUUGAUAGUUGAAUGUAAGACCCCCACUACACGAUGGCGCAAGCUCGGCCCAUAAAAUGUGUGGUUGUUGGGGAUGGAACAGUGGGCAAGACUUGUAUGUUGAUAUCAUAUACCACAGAUAGUUUUCCUGGGGAGUAUGUGCCCACAGUGUUUGACAACUACACUGCUUCUAUGAUGGUAGAUGGCAUUGCAGUGAACCUGGGAUUAUGGGAUACGGCGGGACAGGAAGACUACGAUAGGCUACGGCCACUCUCAUAUCCACAGACUGAUGUCUUCCUGCUGUGCUUCAGUGUAGUAUCGCCUUCAUCCUACGACAAUGUCGUCACAAAAUGGCACCCAGAGAUCCGCCAUCACUGCCCGGAUACUCCCAUCAUACUAGUUGGUACAAAGAUAGAUCUGAGGGAAGACAAGGAGACUCUGGGGCAGCUGUCAUCACUGGGUCUAUCCCCUAUUAAAAGAGAGCACGGUAUUAAGCUGGCUUCCAAGAUCAGAGCUAUUAAAUACAUGGAGUGUUCUGCCCUGACUCAGAGAGGACUCAAACAGGUAUUUGAUGAAGGUGUCAGAUCUGUCAUAGCUCCGCAACCAGCAAAACCACAAGGAAAGAAAUGCAAAGUAUUAUAACAUUGGGGAAACAAAUGUAGCUAGAAAGGAAAAAAAAAAAACAAUUUUAUACACAGAAUGGUGUACACAACUUUUUCAGAUCAACUGUGUUUCUUCAUAUGAAAAAUAUAGUGACAUCUGGAAACAAUUGUACAAUUCAAAUGCAGUGCAGUAUAUAUUGUGUUUGAUAAUGUUACCUUUUAAAGGAGAAGUGUUGUGACAUUUGGAAGCAGCUGUAGUUGAUUAUAACUUAAAAUACAGAAAGUGUGCACAUCUUGUUGGGAUCAUCUGCAAAUGUUGGAGAAACUGAAUCAUUUGGAAAUAGAUCUUAGUCCACUGAAUAAUGUAAGAUCUACAAAUGUCAAAAGUGUGUCCAAAGUUUUAAGACAAUCAGGUACUAUUUUAAGAUAUUUGGCGACAGCCGUAACAUUAAAAGUGUGACAUACAUGGAAAAACUGCAUUUAAACUUUGAGAAUAUUUGUACCAUUUAUGUGAAAAGUGUCUUGAAAUGGAAAUUUCAGUUUUCAGAGCAUAUUUUCAAGCAGAUUAAUAAGAAAUAUACAGGGAGUUACAGAAAAAAGUGCACAGUUUAGGAUUAUGUAAAACAGCCGGUGGUCAAAAAGACUAUUAUACAAUAGCAAGUUAGCACAAGCUUUCAUUGAAGGCCAUGCUGAUGGAUGACCUUCAAUAUCAUAGCAACUGGAAUUGCCUGUACCACCUGAAAAUCUAGGUCAGAGGUGCACAGGUGUCAUAGAGAUCUACCAACAUAUCUUGUACUGCAUGAUAUCAAAUGACUGUUGAAACGUAGAUGGGAUACCAACAGUUUGGUGACUAAGAAUAAGGACCUAUUUCACAAAAGGAAUUUAGCCUGGAAAUUUGCUUCAACUUUGAGACCACAAUUUGAAUUUACUUUGAUCCAAGAUAAUUAGGUAUUUGUUCAGUUGAAUUGAAUAUUACUCCUGCUUUAUAAAGAGAAAGGUGUGGUUAAUGUUCGAGACCAGUAUAUACUUUUUUUUUGAGUGAACUAAUAAGAAUUUUUCUGGAAGAAGACCAAAGUUUACUCUCUAAGAUGAGACUAAUUAUCAGGCUAAAGUGCUUUUGUUGAAAUGUCCCUUAACUAUAGAAACUUGUCUUGUAGCAGGCCGAGUUUCAUAGUUUUGAGAGCGACUCUUCCUUACUAGGAAGGCUGUUUUGUCAGUGUUUCUACUGAAAUGCAGGUUGACUGGUGUAGAUUAGUAUAAAAACCUCACAAAACACCAAAUGUCUGAUUUAAUUUUUUUUUAUUAUUAAAAAAAAUUUUUUUUUACAGAUGAAGCACAUCUUGCAAAAAUGAGAUUAUGAUGUAAAGGACUGUAUGUGAACGCUUUACUAUGUACAUGUUUACGUGCUGUUCAAUUUAAGCUGAGACAGCUUAAAGUCAGAUAAUUUUGAAGCUGUUAUCGUUGAUAAUCAACUCUGUAUUACUGUUGAUAAAUGUUUCCUGUGAGUCAUUUAAAACAAUCAUUUAUAAAUGUCAAAUGUGCAAGGAAAAAAUUGAUGCAAUGUUAGUAUAGUAGGCUAUCAAUGUGAGUUUUGUACAUUUUGCAUCGCUCAAGACUUGUUUUGGCCAGUGACAGCUUACUGUUAGUAAAAAUACUCGUAAAAAACCUUAAAAUAUUUAGAUUGUAAUUUUCAGAUAUGUAUGCAUAUUGAAUGUUAUAAAAUCAGGUUUAAUAAAGUACCACCUAUUGUGGAAGAA